CAAAAUAAAACUAGUCUUAUUUUGAAAACGUCACAGCUUAGUGCAUAUUGUGUCUAACUUGGCGGCUCUUUUAAAGCGACCGGGCCUGGGAUGUGUGAUUAUUUAUGAGAGUAUAUAACAUUUAAGAGUCAGUCGGUGUAGCUCGUGCAAAUCUAUUCCGUUUUUUUCAACCGAUUGUCUCCUCCGUCGAGAGUCCACAUCGAUGGCGGCCGUUGUUGUUAGCAGCAUGAUGGGUAAAAUGUACGGGCUGUGUUUCCAUGCUGUUCGUCAAACAGCUGGACUAAAGGCACCCUGGCUCCUUCAUCGCAGAGCCUUCAGAAUCAGCGCUGUGCACCGCCAGCAGCCUUUUGACUCGUCCUUGGAGAAGCCUCAGUUCCCUGGAGCCUCGGCGGACUUCGUGGACCACCUGGAAUUCAUCCAGCCCAAUGUCAUCUCUGGGAUCCCGGUGUAUCGUGUGAUGGACAGACAGGGGAACAUCAUCAACCCUUCUCAAGACCCUCAGCUCUCCAAGGAGACAGUUUUGAACUUUUAUCAGAAGAUGACGAUGCUGAACACAAUGGACCGGAUUCUUUACGAGUCCCAGAGACAGGGACGAAUCUCCUUCUACAUGACCAACUAUGGAGAGGAGGGCACACACAUAGGCAGUGCUGCUGCCCUUGAGCCAACCGACAUGGUAUUUGGUCAAUAUAGAGAAGCUGGAGUGCUGAUGUACCGCGGUUUUCCCCUGGAUCUCUUCAUGGCUCAGUGUUACGCCAACGCCGAUGACCUUGGGAAGGGCCGCCAGAUGCCGGUCCACUACGGCUGCAAAGACCUCAACUUCGUCACCAUCUCCUCUCCGCUGGCGACGCAGAUCCCUCAAGCCGCCGGAGCUGCGUAUGCACUCAAGAGGGAGAACCUGAACCGCGCGGUCAUCUGUUACUUUGGCGAGGGUGCGGCCAGCGAGGGGGACGCACAUGCUGGCUUCAACUUCUCCGCCACCUUAGAGUGCCCGCUGAUCUUUUUCUGCCGCAACAACGGCUAUGCCAUCUCAACCCCCACCAAUGAGCAGUACCGAGGAGACGGCAUUGCUGCUCGGGGUCCCGGUUACGGCAUGCUAUCCAUCCGCGUUGACGGCAACGAUGUGUUUGCCGUGUACAAUGCGACAAAGGAAGCGCGGCGCAGGGCGGUGGCCGAGAACCAGCCCUUUCUGAUCGAGGCCAUGACCUACAGAAUCGGUCACCACAGCACCAGCGACGACAGCUCUGCCUACCGCUCGGUGGACGAGGUGAACUACUGGGACAAGCAGGACCACCCCAUCUCCAGACUGAGACACUACAUGACGGCCCGCGGCUGGUGGAGCGAGGACGACGAGCGCAGCUGGCGGAAGCAGUCCCGCAAAACCGUGAUGGAGGCGUUUGAGCGGGCCGAGCGGCGCCUGAAGCCCAACCCCGAACUGCUGUUCACCGACGUGUACCAGGAGAUGACGCCCGGCCUGAGCAGGCAGAGGGACUCCAUGUGGCGGCACGUGCAGCAGUACAAAGAGCACUACCCAGUCGACCAGUACGAGAAGCAAUGAGCAGUAGGACAGGUUUUCUGUGGAAUUCUGGGAGUGGGGACUGAGACGAGCCGCAGCCUGACGGAAAGCUCCCGUAGAUACCAGUUCACCCACUUUGUUUGGUGCCUUAAAAAGAAAAAAAAACUUUUAAACAGGAAAUAUCUUCCAUAAUAAUAAAACAUGCCCAAACAAAACACUGACAGUAAAUAUGCAAAAAACAUGUUUAGGUUCCCCUGUCUUGGUUCCUCAAUAGCUGGUGUAGCUAUUUGUUUUUUUAUAACUGUACUCUUUUCAGAAUGCUGCGUUUUUAGAUCAUCUGGUUACCAUGGAGAUAGUACGUCUGUUUUGUUGAAAAUAAAGCAUAAAGUGUU